AUGGCCUACAACAGAUCCUACAACCCGGACGAGCUCCCCAGAUUCGCCGAGCCGGAACCAAGACAAGGCACUUCACCGGCUCCGCCUCAGCAGGCUCCUACCACAGCGCGCUACGAAACGAAACCACCACCUCCCCGCCCCGUCGAACAUCGCAACACCGGCUUCGAACAGCGUCAGAACUCGUACGAUCCCCAGCGUCAAAACACAUACAAUCAAAACGCAUAUCAUCAAAACGCAUACACUCAGAACCACUACGCUUCCGGCUCAGCAGACCCGCACCGACUAUCACCGAGAAUGCAGCAAGGACCACCACCAGACCGCUACGGCAUGAGCCCGCCUCCCUCGGCGACCGGCAGUCGGCCCGCUCAUCAUAACCUCCCCCCGGUCUCUUCGCGACCGCCCCCGAGCCCGACGACCCGCGAUGGCGCCGACCCGACUCUUCUUCCCCUAUUCAGGGCCGUCGAUAAGGAUGGUACCGGCCAGCUCUCCGAACGAGAACUCUCCGCGGCGCUCGUCAACGGGGACUGGACUGCCUUUGACCCGCACACCGUCCGCAUGAUGAUCCGCAUGUUCGACAGCGACCGCAGCGGUACCAUCGGGUUUGAGGAGUUUUGCGGGCUCUGGUCCUUCUUGGCCUCGUGGCGGACGCUGUUCGAUCGCUUCGACAUGGACAAGUCUGGCAACAUCAGCUUGGAUGAGUUCAACAACGCACUGGUGGCGUUUCGCUACCGGCUCAGCCCGCGCUUUGUCGAGCUUCUCUUUCGCACGUACGACAAGCGCGGCGAAGGCGUCAUGAGCUUCGAUCUCUUUGUGCAGGCUUGCAUCAGCCUGAAGCGCAUGACGGAUGUGUUCAAGAAGUACGAUGAUGAUCGCGAUGGGUACAUCACGCUGAGCUUUGAGGACUUCUUGACGGAAAUUCUACGCCAGUUGAAGUGA